AUGCCUUCCUCGUUCAAGAGGAGCGCGGAUUUUGCUCCUAUUCGAUACCGCACUCCAUCGCCUCCUAGCCACGCUUUCGAGCCCAUCUCCCCAAUCCUCACUGGGAUCACGGCGGACGAAGUACGCCGUUCAGACACCACAGGGCAUCGCAACGGGGGCCUCAAGAGAUCAUAUUUUCUAUACGAUUAUAGCGAUAUCGAUGUGCGCGAGCAAGAUCAUCUGCCCGGGGGUCCAAUGGACGCUUUUGCCUCGAUAGCGCUGGCUACCAAAUCAAGUAGGCAUCACCGGCCAAGCACUUCCACUGGGCCGCAAUCCAUCGAUGAUGGGUAUCACGAUACAGAUCGCCCCUCUAAGCGCGCGAAAUCGGAAAAGUUACCGCUGCCGGACUGGUCACGGACAACGGCGGGGGCAAACAACAGACCUGCCACGAGCUACGAGCAAUCACCAGAAAGCAGGAGACUUGAGGCGGAGCUUCUGCUCAACUUCGCCCAUGAAGCAGCCAAGCUCGUAUGUUCUCCCCAAGAAUCUCCUCAAGCCAAUAUAGAGCUAUCACUCAAUGCCUUUCGACCAUCAUCGAACGUUUCACCUGGGCCUACCGUACAAAGUCCUGAGGAUGCUGUGAGAUGCUUCACAGAAGGCAAGGCUUGGAACUUUGCAGAUAAUGUUAAAAAGGUAGAAGUGCAGACGCCUUCGCAUGGAGAACGAGCGAUCGAUGAAAAGCGACCCGCAUCCGAAGCAGACCCUUGGCAAGAGACAGAUCUGGACCACCGGAUGUCUAACGAUCCCGCCAACGAGAAUUCCCACACGACCGUUGAUCAGCCCGAGAUCGAAACGAAGCACUUGUCACCUGCGGCAAUUGCACAGCAGAGUAACCUGGACAUGCCGCCAGAGGCCUCUGAGAAAGGUGCCGGCAAUAAGAGGACAGAGACAUUCGAAAGGUCCGAGGUUGAAGAACAUACCGGAAGCUCGGGCGCCGCCAUGAACUCUGAACCGCAGAACGAUGUAGAGGUCAAGGAACAUAUCACCGGCUCUGGCGCCGGUCUCAACGAUGAGUCACACGACGAUGUCUCAUCUGACAAGCGGUACAUGCCAACUGAUCCGGUGCAAGUAGACGCGACGCAACCAAUGGAAGAUGUUUUACAGGCACUGGAACAUGCUGUCCAAGCAUCAGAAGGGCAGAAAGGUGUCAACAGCGCAAUACUCAAAGAUUCGGAAGUUCUUGGCGCUCCAGAGGAGCCUCAAGAGGAAGUGGUGGAUCACGAGUCACGUACAAUGCAUGGUGCUUUGGGAAACCAAGUGAGAACCAUGGACGGAACCUUGGCUGCAGAAGCAGAAAACACGAAACAAUCCGCGCAAGAAGUCAACGCAUCUUCAAUCAGCGCCAGCGACGUCAGCAUUUCGAAAGGUCAACCUUGCCUAGCAGUUACCAUAGCUGCUGUUUGUGCGUCCUGCAACUUUGGCCGCAACUCCCCAGCCAUUGAGAACGAUAAUAAUGCCACGUCCUGGAUCAGCUGUGAUGGUUGCAAAUCUUGGUUUCAUUUUGCUUGUGCGGGCUUCAAGAAUGACCGAGAAGUGCGGAGUGUGGACAAAUACAGAUGUCGAAAAUGCAAGCCUCUGUACGGAUCUACAACAUAUGUCCGAAAAUCGUCUCGUGCCCACAGUGCCAUUGACUAUGCUGGUCUGCACCAAGGAGUCAUCAAGACUUCUGAUGAGCGGCCAGAACACCAUUACAUUAAGCCAAUUAAGGAUGGCACCAUCAACUUUUUACCCGAUAAUUUUGCCAGAAUGCGUCCGGACCUGGUGACGGCCGAGUACUUUGAGAAAGGCACAGGCAUGAGGGAACCUAUCGUAGUACCAGCUUGCUUCAAUCCUCGCCCAAAGACAAGUGAAAACUCAAAUGCUGCAGCGACAAGGCAGCCCAACGAUGCGUCUUCGCCCAAUCCCUUAGACAACAAUGACGUUGCCGAAGACUGGUUCUCUCGCCAUACAGAGCCUGAAGCCGUAUUAGACCAGGGACAAGAUGCUCUCGACAUGGUCAUCCCCCAAGGACUGACAGUUAGACAAGUUGCAGAGCUCUACGGCCAAGAUGAGAAGGUAGAGGUAAUCGAUGUCAAGUCCCAGAAUGGCGAGAAUAAGAAAUGGAAUAUGAGACGAUGGGUAGACUAUUAUGAAAACCCGAACAACAAGGUUGUACGGAACGUCAUCAGUUUAGAAGUCUCUCAAAGCAAGCUGGGACGCCUAAUCAGACGACCACAGAUUGUGCGGGACCUCGAUCUGCAAGACUCAGUCUGGCCAGAGGAGUUGCUGGCCAAGGGGGAAUAUCCCAGGGUACAAUUUUACUGUUUGAUGUCCGUUGCGGAUUGCUUUACGGAUUUUCACAUCGAUUUUGGUGGCUCAUCGGUCUUCUAUCACAUACUGAAGGGCAAGAAAACGUUCAUCUUCAUCCCACCUAAAGAGAAACAUUUGAAGAAAUACGAGGAAUGGUGUAUGUCACCUGCGCAGAAUUGGACUUUUCUAGGCGAUCAAACCAAGGAGUGCUAUCGUGUCGACCUUUCAGAAGGGGACACGAUGUUGAUUCCAGCAGGAUGGAUUCAUGCUGUAUGGACUCCUGAAGAUAGCUUGGUCAUCGGAGGCAAUUUCCUCACGCGUCUGAACUUUGGAAUGCAGCUACGAGUUGCUCAGGUUGAGAAGGCUACCGGAGUUGCUAGGAAGUUUAGAUACCCUCACUUCCAGAAGCUUCAUUGGUACACUGCUCUACGUUACCUCGAGGACGACCCCUUACCUAGGAAAGUCAAGGAGUUGCUUCACGCUGGUGACACUUUCGUCCGCCAGCAGCCAGCUCAUAAUGAGUUUGACUCGUGGGGUGAGAACUCUCGGCCGGGUGGAGAAAACUAUCAUAAAAGAUACUACUCUCAAUCGGAACUUGAUGGAUUGCCCGACCUGACGCGUUACCUGCUAAGGACGGCGUUGAUCGAUAUCGGUAGUAUCACGGAUGGCAUAUCUGCAGAGACACGCAAUGCAGUGAAGAAGUCAAUUCCUAGAGGCCACGGCGAGCCACUCGACGUUCUGAAAAGGUUUGCUGCGUGGUGUGCUUGGAAGCGUGGCAAUGAGCCAAUUCCACAUUGGGCCUAUCCUGAUGCUGAACCAGAGACGCUUGCGCCUGACAGAUUGAGUGCAGCUGCGAUGAAAAAGCUCGACCGGGAGGCUGCACUUCAAGCACCCAGACGACAAUCAGCACGCAUGCAGUCUCAACAAGCAGCCUCAGAAGUGCUACUAGACUCGCCAGGAGGUGCAGCACUAUCGAUCGCGCAUGGCCAAAACGAUCCAAUACGCCACAACAAUCCGAAGAAACCUAGGACGUCGUCAGGAGGUACGAAUGGAACGUCCCAUAGAAAGACUGCUUGUGAGUCUUGCCGUAAAAGAAGGCGAGCCUGCAAGCAUAAGGACCAGGUUUCAUUGUCAAUGCCUUCUACUCAAAUCGAUGUUUUGGGAAGUGUCUCAACAGAUCUGGGCACAUCGUUGCAGUACCCCACCUCGUCGCUCAGGCCAGGUCCAGAUGACCGGCAAGACUCAACACUUUCGCCUACUUCCAACAGCAGAACCCCAGAAUCUAAUGAUGCAAUUUUAGACCUCGUUCCCGAAACAACUUCAACAGCGCAUUUCAACGACGGAUACUCGUAUCAGGCUGAUGAUCUGGCCUCUCGAUCGAAUCUCUCGGCCGAGGGAGCCAUCUCAAUAUUCUCUAAGGUUGAGGAAUCGAUGUCCGCGACAAUUGAUAAAGGUCUUGACUCCUUUUCAGGCAACGCUUUACUAGCUCGACCAAGACAUAAAGCAUGCAAUGAAUGCCGUAAAAGCAAGCGUCGUUGUAUACACGAUGAACAUGGCAAUGAAGAUCCCGUCAAGGUGCGCGAGUCUGCGAUCCCAAGGCCUCAUGCGCGGAAGUUGAACACUCAAAUCAAUGAAGCUUCUACCCCCAAGAAGCAUGUGCAAGGGGCUGUCCGUAAACGUAAUGUCAAACAGCAACAACGAGUGCCGACUGUACUAGCAUUCGAGGAGCAAAUGAGGCGACCAGCGCCCAUCGCGAACAUGAUAGCACGACCCACAAGUCCAGUGGUUCAGGAACCUAGAAUUCCGAGCUUGCCAGACGUUGUCCCACAAGCGUCGUCUGGGGAGCCAUUUCCGCUUGAUCCAGCACUUUUUGAGGAUAGUGCGAACAGCAUUCAGCAUGAAGAGCAGACGACGGUCCCAGUUUCCCUCGAACAGUCUGUUGGCCUGAGCGCGGGAUCGCCUCACAGAUAUAUGAAAGAAAUCUCGGACAAAGUUGCAGACCAAUGGCAGAUCAGCGAUUCUUGUCCUGCACCUGAAAUUGAGGUCAGCGCGGCGACGUUAGAGUCUAGAGAAAAUUUCGAACCACCCGCUUCGUCGUUAGUCUCCCCCCCAGCCUCGUCACACGAUGAUGCUGGUAUCAGUCCAAUCAACGCACAUGUCGGAUGGAAAUCCUCGACAGUUUCAUCGAGACAUUCCUCGAGUCAACCCAAGCAGACGCAGCGAUAUACCCCAGAGUCGGGAUCAAUGAGAAGAGCUAGCAGUAGCUCGUACGGCGAAAAUGCACGUGAUAAGGCGGCGUCGCCAGUAAUGGCAGAUCCAUUUUCAGAUCAGAAGCCUAAAGCAAGGAUAGGUUCGGAAAAUAUGGCCGACGAAGAGAGUAUGAGAUUAAUCAAGGAGCUCCAGGCCGAAGAGGAAUUUGGGGAUGAGCAUGAUGAUACUCCAAGUGCUUAUGGCGGUUUGAAAGGCGUCCUGGGUCCGACUAUAUGUUUUGGUCACGUGGAGUUAGUAGGUGGUGAUACUCCACAGCCUGAUCGGAAGGCCUGA